AUGAUGCUAGCAAAAAUAACAACAGAAUCAGCUAAGAAUGUGAUUUAUAAAGCACAACAAAAAGUUCAAGAUACAACAGAAACUUUGAAUCCACAAAAAAUACUAACAUUUUUGUUAUGCAUGGGAACGUCAAUAUUGUUCUUGUCUCUAUCAUUUAUGUUUUUGCCAAUAAUUGUGGUUUCACCUCAUAAAUUUGCAAUCCUGUUUACAUUUGGUUCAUUUUUUUUUAUGGCAGGUUUUGCAGUAUUAAAAGGACUUGGUGGGUUUUCUAAAUAUAUGGUUGAAAAAGAAAGGUUACCUUUUUCAUUUGUUUAUGUUUCAAGUUUAUCACUAACAUUAUAUGCAACAUUAUUCUUGAAGAGUUACUUAUUGACAUUAUUGUUUUCAUUGGUACAAAUUAUUGCAUUAAUCUCAUUUCUAAUUACAAAUUUUCCUGGUGGAUAUAGUGCAUUGAAUUAUAUAAGUAACAAUCUAUAUUCAGGUCUAACAAGCAAGUUAUCAUUUUCAUCCAAUAAGAACACUCCAUUACCGAUUUGA